AUGUCGUUCGACACUCUAUAUAUUUUUAAAAAAGCACAUUUUAUUGGUUAUUAUUCCGAAGAUACUUUUGCAAGAAAGAUGAAAGAAAACGAUUAUCUACAAUUAAUUCAACAUUCAUUAGUGGCAGGAUCUAUUGCUGGUUGUGCAGUUGAUUUAACAUUAUAUCCGAUUGAUACAAUCAAAACUCGUCUUCAACAAAAGAAAAGUUUAAAUCGACGAUUUUUAUUUUCUUCUUUAUAUUCGGGUGUUGGUUCGGUAUUAAUUGGAAGUGGUCCGUCAUCAGCUUUAUUCUUUACUUCGUAUAAUUUUGUAAAACAAACAAUUCAAUUUGAAUCUCAAUGGAAAACUCAUAUGAUCGCCGCGAUUUGUGGAGAAAUUUCUGCGUGUUUAAUUCGUGUUCCUGUUGAAAUUAUCAAACAAAGAGCACAAAUUAAUCGAACUCUACAUUUGUCAACAAUUGCACGAACAACAAUUCAUAAUGAAGGAUUUUUUGGUCUUUAUCGAGGAUAUUUAGCAACUGUUACAAGAGAAAUUCCAUUCUCAGUGAUUCAAUUUCCUUUAUGGGAAUAUUUCAAAAAAUGUUGGAGUGAAAUUCAAGGUUAUUCAGUUCAUCCAUGGCAAGGUGCUUUAUGUGGAUCAUUAGCAGGAGGAAUUGCUGCUUGUUUAACGACACCAUUUGAUGUGGCAAAGACACGAAUUAUGUUGGCACAUCAUUCAGAUACUGAUGCAGCUUCUCAUUCUUUGAAAAUUAUGAAGAACAUUGUGAAGAAUGAAGGAUUUCCUGCUUUAUACAGUGGUGUGUUACCUCGUACUAUAUGGAUUUCAAUUGGUGGUUUAAUUUAUUUCGGUUCAUUUGAGUUUGUGACAUCUUGGUUUUUCUCUCCAAACAAUUAG